UUUGCGAGCGUGCUGCUGUCCAGGGCUGGCGGUUUGGGCCAUGGGGGUCCCCAAGAGGAAGGCGUCCCCCGCGGGCAGAGGCAAGCGAGCCCGUGUGGAGGAGUUCACGGGCGUGCAGUUCAAGACCCAGCUGAGGGACGCGCAGGGCCCAGGGCCUGCUUUGGAAGCCUUUGUCUCUGCUGCCAAGGAGCUACCGCAGGAAGCGACGUGUGAUGUCGUUGAGGGCUACGUCAAGAUUUCCAUGGAGUGUGCGGAGAUUUUCCAGCUCCUGAGUGGAGAGAAGCGGCCUGAGAGUGAAGUGCUGCUGAUAUUUCAGGUUUUUGAGGCCAUACUAUUGAGGACAGCCAGUGAUCUUGCGCAUUUCCAUGUGGUGGGCACCAACAUUGUGAAGAAGCUGCUGAACAACCAUAUGAAGCUCCUGUGUGAAUCCCUCUAUGCCUCUGGUUACAGGUUGGCUCGAGCCUGCCUGGAUCUGAUGGCUGCCAUGGUAACCCAGGGUCCUGAAGCCGCCAGGGAUGUGUGCAGCUGCUUUGAUUUGAAUAAAAAAGCCUUGUAUACCCUGGUGACCAAGAGAGAUUCAAAGGGAGUGCAUGACGUCCGGCUGGCCUACAUCCAGUUCGCCCUCUCCUUCCUAAUUGCGGGUGAUGACAACACCAUCGGGCAAGUGCUGGAGCUAAAAGAAUUUAUCCCCUGUAUUUUUAGCUCAGGCAUAAAGGAGGAUAAGAUUUCUACCGUCAACAUGUUGUUGUCUACACUGAAAACAAAGGUGAUUCACAAUAAAAACAUCACGAAGACCCAGAAGGUGCGCUUCUUUACUGGGCAGCUUCUGAACCACAUCGCCGCUCUCUACAACUGGAAUGGGAUCACAGAUGUCGUCCCUGAAAACCCAGAAAGCGUUGAGGUGUCUGCUGAAGAGGCGGGGAAAGCCAUGGUGAGGGACCUCGUUCAUAACUUCCUGAUAGAUCUCUGUUGUUCUCGAAAGCAUGGGAUUAGUUUUUAUGACGCCUCGUUGGGAACUUCUGGCAGAGGAGGCAACUUGACACUCUUGCACUUCUUGUUGAGUUUGAAAACUGCGGCUGGGGAUGAGCUGGUAGCCAGUCUGGUGGUGAAUAUUCUGAAGGUGUGCCCGGACCUGCUGACAAGAUACUUCAAGGAAGUCACCUUUUCCUUUCUCCCAAGAGUGCAGUCCACUUGGCUAAACAACGUGAAGCUGCUGAACAAGAUCUACGAGGCCCAGCCAGAGAUUUCCCAGGCCUUUUGGACCAGAGAGUUUAUCCCCUUACCAAGACUCCUUGCGAUGGUGAUGGUGACCACAGUGCCUCUGGUGUGCAAUAAGGUCAUGUUCACUCAGGCAUUAAAUUUGGACAGCAUACCUGUGAAACACUCAGCAUUAUCCCUUAUUUCGGUCAUUUUGAAGAGAGCGUUGAAGACAGUUGACCACUGUCUGGAUAAGGACGCUUGGCAAGAUUCCGGCGUGUACACAGCUGAGAUGAUGGAAGAGUUUGUUCAGCUCUUCAGAGAAGCUUUGAGCAAGAUUUUGCCAGAUCUGAACACGGUUAUUUGGGUCUGGCAGUCAUUUAAAAAGCAAGAGGUUAAGCAAGACCAUGGGAAAGGGAAGAAGAGCAAUAACAAGACUCCUGCCGCCUCUAAGGCUGUCCAGCACGAUGAUGCAGAAACCAUCCUUUUGAAAGCUGUUCUGCUCCAGGUCAUAUGCCUCUACCAACAGGUUGUCCCCCACAUGAUCAUGCAGUACAACUUUGACUUCAGCAAACUCCUAAAAGGAAUCAUCUCUGAGCAGGGCCCUCCUAAGGAGGUCCCUCCCAUCUUACAGCACCACAUGCUGAAGGUGGCCCUGGAACUGCCUGCUAGCAAGUUUCUGUGGCUGAAGGCACAGGAAAGCCACGAUGCGGAAAUCAUUGGAGGAGAACGCUCGGUUUUUUACCUGUUGAUGAAGAUGUUUGUGAAUAGUGGCCAUUUGCAGCUCAAGUCAUCCACCAAACUUCUGAUCAUAAAGAUUCUUCGGGACACAGGUGUGUUCGAACACACGUGGAAAGAGCUGGAGCUGUGGCUGGAGCACCUGGAUGGCACUGCAGAAGAGCACAAGGAAGCCGUCAUUCAGUUCCUGGAGCGUAUUUUAUUGACACUGGUGGUGAGUCCUCACUCAUAUACGGACAAAGCUUCUGAGUUUGUUCAGGAAGCCAGCACCCUGCAGGCCACUGUGGGGAAGCAAGAUGCAGAUGAUGUCAGCAUUCCCAUCUCCCAUAUCGAUGAUGUGCUGGACAUGGUGGAUGUCCUGGUGGAAGGCAGUGAAGGCCUGGACGAGGAUAUCGGGUUCCUGUUAGAUGAAGAUAUGAUUCUGCUCACCUUCCCCUUCAGUGCUCUGGUUCCUGCAGCUCUGGAAGCCAGGAAUAAGCUGCUCCUUGGGACAGAAAAUACAGCAGGGGAAAGCAUCUUGGCGUAUCUGAUUAUGGUGCUGACUGACCUUCUCCAUACCCAGAGGGAUCCCCUGGCUCUGUGUCUUCUGCUUCAGUCUUAUGACAAGUUUGAGCCUGCCAGCCCACUCUGCCAUCAGCAGCUUGCCCGGUUUCACAGCUACUACAGCCUCUGGAUUCCCGAGCAAGCCCAGGAGGUCUUGCCGCUGCAGGUGUCCAGCAGCUCUGUACCCCAUGUUCCCCCAGCUUCUUGCUUUUCCACCUUGCUGCAAACAGCGUAUGAGAGCCACACCCUUGGGGACAAGAACGUUCAGACACAGCUGCUAGCUGCUGUCCCAUGUCUAGCUCUGCAGCACAUGGUGCGCUCAGCCAAGCAGGUGCUGCUCUACCUCAGGAGCACGGUGGAGAACUUCGGCCAGCUGGGCAAAAGUGUGGGCCCGGCCUUCCUGCAGCUCCUCCUGGAUCUCCUUAAGCACCUGGUUGUCCACUCUGAGCAGUUGGAUGCCCAGAACCAGCAGAAGGCGGAGGCCAUCCGUGCUGAGUCUGAUCUCUUUUUGGACAUGGAGUCCGUGACAUCACUUGAGCUAGCUGCUGACAAGACAGUAGAAGAGGUGCUGGUGGCCAUCCUUAAACAUCCCACACUGGAGAGUUGGUUCCUAGCCCUGGAGCGGAAAGCCUUGCCUCCACACACGCUCAGCCCCAUCCUUGUGAAGCUCCUAGCAGCCCACUUCAGUGCAGGUGUCCUUCAGCUACUGGUGGCCAGUUCCCCCAUUCUCCAUAAACUGGGUCAGUUGGGUCUCCUGGCAAAGUACUCAGAAGCCAUUACCCAAAGUGUGUUGAAAGAGCUGCGCGCCAGAACGGUGAACUCUGCCACAACACCCAAGACCCUGCCUCAGAUGGAGGCCCUGCGGGAACUGCAUCCGUACAUGGAAAGUGUCCAGAUUCGAGAGGUCACGCUGGCCCUGCUGGGCCUUCCAGAGGCUCACCUGCUGACCCAGCAAGCCGUACAGUCUUCAAAAAAGGAGAGACAACUGAGCAGUCUUGGCAAGACCCUGGUACAGCUAUUGACGAGCAGCCCGCAGGAUCGGCUGCAGCGGAGUGAGCUCCUCUGGUGGGCUGAGUAUGUUCGCGGUCUGGGGGCUCUGCUUCCCACUCUGGCCGAGCAUGAGCUGGACACUGUAUUCCUUCAGACUCUGCAGAGAGACCCUGUGCUGGCCUCUGUGGUCCCAGCUGACCUGCUUGAGUACUGCUUGGUCCAACGGACAGAGGCAGCCCUGGGCAUUGCCAGCCUGCUCCUGCAGCAUAGCAGCACCCACCUACUGAAGUUUGAGCUCUGGUGUGGGCAGCCUGGAGUGGGGCUCCUGCAGGAGCACCUGGAUGACUUCCUCCCCCUUAUCCAUGUGUAUCUCCAGCACAGGACACAAGGAUGCUUCAUGCGGCCAACAAGAGUGUGCUCCGCUGUCACUCCUGUCUUGAAGGCCCUAUGGAGACAAGUGCGAGACAGGUUUUUUCAUGCUGAUGGGCUCUCCAAACAUGAGCUGCAUCUGGAGUCCCUGGCUCAGCUCAUUCCAUUUGCAAGAACCAAAGAUCUGCAUGCUCUCAUGGACCAUUUACCCAGCAUGCUUCGGACUCUGAGUAGUCACAAGAGUUGGAUCGUGGCCGACUCUGUCUCAGCAGCCUUGGCAGAGUCAGCAGAAGAGCUGAGUGCCUGGAGGAAGACUCUUCUGGGGUCCUGUGUGCAGUGGCUGACUAUGUCCUUCAGUGCCAGGGAGCCAGGGGAUGAAAACACCCAGAAACAAGAGAAGCCGAUGCUGCUCCGAUUAAGCGAGUUGUUGCACGCACUUAAAGAAAUUGAACCUGGUGACUGGCAGCAGUUUGUGAAGUCAGGACUCAAAUUUCGGUACCAGGACCUCACCUUUUUGAAGACUCUGCUUGAUGCCACAAAGCUCCUGUAUAGUCCAGAAAGCUCUGUGCACACAAAGCUUGUCCAGCUUCCGGUGGUCCACAUGAUGCUCACCCAGCAUUCUCUGUUUUUGCCAACCAUGCUGACAUCUGGAGAAGAGGAAAAUCUGGACAGUCAAGUAAAAGAAACCCUGGUGGACCUGAUGUCCACAGUGGCGAGGAUAUGCCCUUCUGUCUGUGAGAGCAGCCACUUUGCCGUGCUACUUGGGACCUACAGUGCCACACUCAGUGUCGUGGACCAGAAGAUUUUACUUCUCCUUCGGACAUAUGAGCAGAACAACCUCAGUCUCAUCAGCUUCAGGGUUCUUCUGUGGGGCCCAGCAGCUGUGGAGCAUCACAAGACUUGCCGAAGCCUAGGCAAGUCACUGUGGCAGCAGCCAAGUGUCGGGGACAUCCUCCGCCUCCUGGACCCUGACCAGAUGAUGCAGACCAUCCUGCACUUCCCACAGUACCGGAGGCUGCUGCCCACUGAGGACACAGGGGAGCCGCUGGUGUUUAAGGAUAACACUGCGCGAGUGGACCUUGACCGCCUCUAUGACCCCUGCUUUCUUCUCCAUCUCUUUGGGGAACUGACCAGGCCAGAAUUUGUGGUGGAUUGUCGAAAAUUUUUGGAUUCAAAUGCUCUGGGCCUCACUGUGGCAGCCCUCAGCAGCUAUGACCCCAAGAUGCGUGCUGCAGCCUACUCAGUGCUGGCAGCCUACUACUCACACCUGGAGGGAGCUCGCUUCCGGGAGCAGUCACAAGUUCUGUACCUGCUGGAUGUUGUCCGCAAUGGAAUUAAAGCUCCGAACCUGAGGCUCCCCUUCACCGUGGCUCUUUUCAUUGCCAAGGCAGCAUUGCAGAUCUUGAAACCAGAGGAGCACAUGUACUGGAAGAUCAGCAAGUUCCUGCUAUCGCACGAGAACCUGAACAUGGACAAACUGCCCGGCUUUUACCAGUUCUUCUACAGCUCUGACUUCCAGCAAAAAACAGAACAAGAAUGGGUGUUGGGAAUUCUACGGCAGGGGAUUAGAGACAAACACUGUUAUGAGCUGUGCUCUAGGAGAGGCGUGUUCCACAUCAUUCUGUCGUUCUUCAGCAGCCCCUUGUGUGACGAAGUGGCUAAGAACUGGAUUCUGGAAAUUCUACAGAAUGUUGCCCGUAUCACCAGAUCUGCCUAUGAAGUCAUCCGGGACUAUAGCCUUUUAACAUGGAUUUUACACAUCCUUGAGAGCAGAUUUGUGGAGACUCGGCUGCUCUCCAAUGUGAUCUCCUUGCUGCACACCCUGUGGGUGACCAAUCUCGGCAACAAAGCACCGGAGCAGGGCGGGCAGCCACCGUGCCAACCUGGCUCCCAGGAGUCCCAGAAGAUGCUUGCCCUGCACACUGUCGACGAGUUCCUGUAUGUCCUCAUCGCACUUACAACGCACCUGAGGCCCACCUUGGCCUCUGCCCAGCUGAUCAACUUCUUUUGGACACUUGAGUCUGUGCUGAGUUAUCGGACCACCAUCCUAAAGACCUUCAAGAAUUUGGGUCGAUUGACUGUGAACAAGGUGACACUUUCCACCAAAGAUGUCCUGGUCCUCUUGCAUAAGUGGAGCCUCAUUGAAAGAGACAUGAAGCUCCAAGGAGCCCUGAAAGCCAUCAUUGAGCAGCACCAAGUCAAGGACCUGAUGAAAAUGCUCAAGGAUAAGAACAAGCCUAUGACAGCUGCCCGUGCCAAAGGCCCACGAGGCCGAAGGAAGAGGCAUGGAGAAGUGGAGGAGGCUGCUGAGCCUGAGCUGGAAGCAUCUAGUUUGGCGACAUGCAAGGACCUCCUGAGGGCCACACUGACUCACUGGGGGCCAGUUGUCCCCGUCCUGGGACCCACUCAGGAGUCUGUGGGCCAGGCUGCCCCUGGGAGUAAAGCACCGGACUCUAUUCACGCUGCUGCUUCUUUGGUGGCCAACUGGGUGCUGCGGUCAUUGGCUGAGUGCCCCCUCAGCAGGGCAGAGGUCACAAGACUCCUUGACUGGCUCGAGAGCUACAUUUUGCCACACUCAGUGGUGGUAGCUGACCUUCUCAGGGACAGUGCUGUGACGAGUGGCAUCUUUAGGCUGUAUAAUCGCCACUGCAGUGUCCAGGGCCUGGCAGAGCCUGUGCAGGAUGUGGCCUGCAAGUUUAACACUAUCAUGCUGCAGCUGUUGGCGGCCCGGGGCCAGAUAGAUAGCCCUUUCCAUCCAGUGGUGGAAGCCCUGUGCCUUGAUUGUCUGGACGAAAAGGAUGAAGCCAAACGAGCUCCCACAGUAUUCCUGGUGUCUCUGUAUGUUAAGGACAUCUGGCUGGGGGCCCAGCAGCCAGACACCUUCCUCGCUCACGUCAGAAUGGCCCGUGAGACUGCAAAGCCACAUGGUGAGGCGGAGGCCAUUGUUGCACUCUGCAGGAACAUCGACUCCUCCAUCCAGACAGACGCUUGACUCACCCCUGCUGACCAGCUCCCCAGCAGCCUCCAGAAAGUCUAGGCCAAGGUUUCCAGGAGGCGUGAACUGAUACAUUCAACUACUUACAGAAAGAAAGGUUACGGGGACUGAAUUAGCUGACCAACAAGAGGCUCAGGUGCUGACCUUACAGCCACAGUUGUAGUAGCUGGGCACUACCAGGCCAUGAUCUCACAGAGCGUUCAGAUGGCUGCCACCCUCCUGGCAGAGGACGCUCCUGGGUGGUACUCGUAGGUCCAGGAUGGGUUCACGGUGUUGGAGCUGAAACGUGAAAGCCCGUGUCUUUGGAUGCACAUGGCAGAUGGUUACAGUUGUCUCUGUGAGACGGCAUAGGGCGCUUCCCGUGACAAAGUGAGCGAGCUCCUGUCUAUGUUUGCUGUUGAUUUAAAUAUGGUACACUGUGCCCCUAAAGUAAAAUGCCUUCACCUCUACUUUGGGAAGACAGUCUAUUUUUUUAAGUUAUAUUUCAAAGAGGAUUUUGAGUUUAUAAUGUUUUGAUAAUAAAUAGCAAUUUUUGUGAGUCA